GUCGAAGUUGGAACCCAAUUUGUACGCUGCUGGCAGGGAUUUUUUUCUCGGUGCGAAAGACUUCACUGCCUUAAUCCUGGUGACAGCAGUCACCUGUGGCUCAUUCAAAGGCUCUUUCUUUGGGAAAUUAAUGAUGAUUGUGAGGACUUCCAGCGCGAAUGGAACCUUCAUCCAAUUAGCAGGCCAAUGACCAAUAAUAAAAGUCCACAGGAUUUACGGCUUAUCAGUAAUGUCACGCUAGGAGAAUACUACGACGAAUAUGAGGGGAUCCAUCCCCUCACUAUUGAGCAAUAUUAUGGCAUUCAUGGCCAUGUACAGGUUUGGUGGAAUGGCCAAACGGGUGCGGGCCAUUGCCCCGAUGAGGAGCCAGAGGCCUAUGAUGAAGAAAUUGCCACAAAUGAACAUAAUGGUAUUCUGAGAAGGGUUGGAGCUGACCUCCAGGAGCAAGUGUGCCAUGAAGCAGUGGAAGUUCCUGGCAAAGGAUCACCUUUCGCAUGUGUCAAAGACGAGGCAGAAUUUUGGUCAGUGCUUGACCGCGUUGUCAUUGAAGAUAUCACACCAGCAGGGUAUGGAGAUGAUCAUGGGACAGAAGGUGAUGAAUCAACAGAGGAGCACAUCGCAAUUGGUCGGCAGGGAACACAGUUUGUUACAGUAUCAUUAGCAGAGCCCAUAUGGGCAAGACAGGCAAAAACCUGGUGUCAGGCACUCGCCGUUCUAACUCUCUUUGAUGCAGAUGGAUAUUUUUGAUCCCCCCCUAGUCAUACAUGCAAUGUAUUUACCGUACAUAUAGUCACGGUCAAUUCAGUGGCUGUCGAGUUGAGCACAAGCACAACACUACCAGCUUAGUCA